UUGCCCACCGCCACCCGCCCCGUCGCCCGUCGCACCGUCGCUGGCACAGACACUGCCACUACCAGCCCCUCUGCAACGAGUCCGUCGCCGGAAUCCUCCUGGCCGCCUCAGCCGCCGUCCAAAAAACCCGAUAUAUUUUCUCGUAAUGAACUCUGCCUCCGAUCUCCAUUUCUGCCGCAACUUCUCAGCCCGAAACUAGCGGCCUUGACUGAACCGUGUCUAUAUCCUGAGACCGAAUUCAGGGGUCAUGGUAUGUCGGAGGUGCUGAAACAACGUCGGGAAACGGCGGGUUUCGGAGUCCGAGACGGGGAAGAUCAGAGGAGGAGCUGGCUGCCUCGUCGGAAUGAAGAACGGAAUGGGCAUCUUGCUCGGCUUGUAUUUUUUUUUUGUUCCCUGGUCGAUCCUCAACCUCCGACAGCUGCUGGUUCGCGUAGAGGAAGGUCGGACAGCGUUAUGAUGGCAGCGUCAGAGGCUAGCGGUGGCGGUGGCCGACCGUCGUGUGGUAGACAGCUGCAUGCACACCACGCCACCAUGAAAUUAGAUUUGAAAUCACUUGAUGGUGGUGAGAAGAAAUUGAAAUUGCUAUUAAAAUCACUCGACGGUGAUGAGAAGAAAUUGGAAUUGCUCGACAAAGGUCUGAUUUGUGCUCAGGCAUCUAACCACAUCCAACAAGAGGCCAUAGCAUGUCAGAUCUGA